CCCUGUUUUCAAAGGCCGCAGCAACAACGACGCGCUGUUUGUGAAAACUCACAGUUUUUGUUAUUUGCGCCUCGAAAUUGUGGAAUAAAAGCAGAUGGAGACUCCGGCGGUGAACGAUAUUGCAGCGAGCUUGAGUGGCGAAAAGCUGGAGGUGUUCCGGAAGUUGAAUCUCCUGGAACAGCAUCGCGUCGAGAGUUUCAAGGAUUGGCCCUUUCCCGCGACGGCUUCCUGCAGCAUUUCAAAGAUGGCCGAGGCGGGAUUCUAUUGGACGGGCACCAAACGCGAGAAUGACACCGCCACUUGUUUUGUGUGCGGAAAAACCCUCGAUGGUUGGGAAUCCGAGGAUGACCCGUGGAAGGAGCACCACAAACAUGCCCCUCAAUGCGAGUUCGUUAAGCUAGCGUGUGCUGAAAAGGAUUUAACUGUCUCACAAUUCCUCGAAAUACUUGGAACCGUCGUCAAAUGCAACAUAGAGAAAACAUGCAAAGCCUUUAAACUGAGCUUUAUUCGGGAAAACGAGGAGCGUCUAGAUGAGUUUAUGCACAAUAAUAAGUAGUGUUUGUUUUUUUAUUCUAACUUAAUAUAUAUUUAACAUGUCAUGUAUAAAGAUUUGCUAAUAAAAAGGAUGUUAAUGCCAUAGAAAAUACCAUAA